UUCUCAGGCUCGUCUCUUUUGUUUCCACUCCCAUGUUCCCUCCCCGUACUACUCAUUUUCAAUUCAACGUUCUUCUCCAUUCUCCGGACGGCUUUCAGCAUGUAGGCCAUGAUGUGAAUUGAGGACGCGAGCACAGUCCGAGACGGUGACGCCGCAUGGUCCUGCUGCCCGCGGGCGAAUGUCUCACCGUGAACCCCUUGCGCGUCCGCACACCGCAUCGCCAUCGUGGGCCAAUUGAAUGCCUCGAGACACGUCGUGCGAUGGUGCUAGUGUGCGCUGCGAGCACGCAUCUCGUCUCUCGUGUUCACUGCUUAUCGCGCGCGGAGGCGAUGGCACGCGUGAGAAUCGACCUCCAUUACACUCAUCCCACUUCGAGUGGGCCUUGUCGCCCUCUCACAGGAUCGAGCUGCUAUUCUGCAUCUCAUACCGAUCGUGCGCCGCUGAUCAUGCACGCUCUCACCAAUCUCAAGCGUGCUCGCCAACUCGCCAGCUGCGCCGCGUCCCAUCACUCACGCUCGCUGUCAUCGGUCCUUCCGACGCUUGCCUCAAUGCCAUUUCCUCUACCCUAUUACAUCCACCCAUCAAACACAACCCUUCGACUGUAUUCUCCUCGGUCUUGAUCUGUCCGGGUGGCCUGGCCAUGAUGUGGGGUGAGGACGUGGUUGCGAGACCGGCGGGUGCAGGCUUACCUGCUUGCGAGGCGAAUGAACGCAGUCUGCACGGAGAGCAUGAGCGACGGGCGACAGGCGAGGUGUGCGAGUGGACUUACGGAAGAGGCGGUGGACGGAACGGUGUCCAGAUCGGAUGGGCUUGCUGUCCGCGUGUGUCAGUCGUCCUGGUGCGUAUCAAUUACUCACUGGUCAGACAGCCACGAUCGAUCGACAUGCACAGCGUACCAUGACAGUCCAGAUAGCGAGUCUGGGCCGGGAACAGCGUCAUCGACGGUCUACCCAGAAAAUCGUAUGGACGGGACUUACGCGAGGAGCGACGGAUGCCGCUGCGUCCAAGGUCCGGUCGGAGGUUUGCUGUCGGUACGUAUCCAUUGGUCCUGCGAGGAGUGGGUAUUGGUGGUCAAGUGAAGAGCGGCACACCGCGUCCGGAGACUCCUCAACGGA